CCCAGGGCCCAGCGCCCAGCUCCAGGGAGCACAGCGCCGGCUCAGGGCUCCAAGCAGGGGGCGCCGCCGACCAGAGACGCACACAUGCAGGCGGCCUCCAUGGAGCCUUUGUACCCGGCCUUCACACCUAGCUGGAACACCUCAGCUGCCAGCCCUGGAGACAACCACAAUGGGACACUGGUAGGGGCAGCACCGUCAGCAGGGGCCCGGGCAGUAUUGGUACCCUUGCUGUACCUGCUAGUGUGCACUGUGGGGCUGGGUGGCAACGGGCUGGUCAUCUACGUGGUGCUGCGACACGCUAAGAUGAAGACGGUCACUAAUGUGUAUAUCCUCAACCUGGCCGUGGCCGAUGUGCUGCUUAUGCUGGGCCUGCCCUUCCUAGCCACACAGAACGCUGUGUCCUACUGGCCCUUUGGCCCCUUCCUGUGCCGUCUGGUCAUGACGCUGGAUGGCAUCAACCAGUUCACGAGCAUCUUCUGCCUGACCGUCAUGAGCAUUGACCGCUACCUGGCUGUGGUCCACCCACUCCGCUCUGCCCGCUGGCGCCGCCCACGAGUGGCCAAGCUGACCAGUGCUGCUGUCUGGGCCUUCUCGUUGCUCAUGUCCCUGCCACUGCUGGUCUUCUCAGAUGUGCAGGAGGGCUGGGGAACCUGCAACCUCAGCUGGCCAGAGCCUGCAGGACUGUGGAGUGCUGCCUUCAUCACCUACACAUCUGUGUUGGGUUUCUUCGGGCCACUGCUGGUCAUCUGCCUCUGUUACCUGCUCAUUGUGGUGAAGGUGAAGGCUGUAGGCGUGCGUGCCGGGUCCUCAAGAGGCCGGCGAUCCGAGCGCAGGGUGACCCGCAUGGUGGUAGUUGUGGUGCUAGUCUUUGUGGGCUGCUGGCUGCCCUUCUUCAUUGUCAACAUUGUCAACCUGGCCUUUACACUGCCUGAGGAGCCUGCCUCCGCCAGCCUCUACUUCUUCGUAGUGGUCCUGUCCUAUGCCAACAGCUGUGCCAACCCACUGCUCUAUGGCUUCCUCUCUGACAACUUCCGCCAGAGCUUCCGGAAGGUUCUGUGUGUCCGUGGGAGCUAUGGCAUGGAGGAUGCCGAUGCUGUGGAGCUACGGCCAGACAAGAGUGGGCGGCUACAGGAGGUCACGCUGCCUCCCACACGCAGCUGCCAGACAAAUGGGCACAUGCAGACCAGCCGGCUAUGAGAGCCACCUGGGUCUUUCAGGGACCACCCAAUGUCAUCUUCCUGGUGUGGGACCGUGCUGAGGCACCCAUCCUCAGAUACUCUGGGCUGCAAUUCAGAUACUCCUUGGCAGCGGCAUAAAGAAAGGAGCUACCUAGGGCAGAGCCAUAGGUGGACACCGUGCAACCAGCAUCCUGCAGUGACUAUGUCACUUCACCAGCCCCUUUCCCUAUGUGGGCCAGUUCUGGAACCUUGGGGACUCAGCUUUGUCCCCAGAAAUGUCUGGCAUCUCCAGCCCUGCCCUAGCCUAUCUUGUCUCAGUAUCCAGGCCAUGGGAGCUGGCAGGGGCACUCUUCCUGACCACUGGUAUGAGGUGGUAACCACCCACCCUGAGGCCUUACUGCACGUACCCCUCAUCAUGGAAGCUCCGUGUCACCAUGUCAGCAUCUGAGUGCUACUCAGUGAAUUAAAGACACCUGAAUGCACUCAGUGCUGGCCUCCAUUCCCUGGAGCUCCCAGGGUCCGGGCAACAGCCCCAGCCCCUCACUGACCCUGAGACUGUGUGGACACUGGGGGAGCAGGACACUGGGGGAGCAGGCUGGCUCUGGACAGCUAGGGUCCCCUGAGGUCCCAGAGAGGACAUUGUCCUUAGGGCCCUACUUUCCUAUAUACUUGGCUUGGUGGUGGGAACCAUGGGCAGGGCAAACACAGGGAUGGCCACCCUGGGAUGAGCUCUGUCCACGUGCCAAGAAGGCAGGCUAGGGUAAGGGUUCCUGCUGGAAGUUUUUGAGGUUUAGAGGCUGUGAGGUUUAGAGGCUGUGAGGACCCUACAGGUCCCCCUUCUGGGUCAAUCAGGGGCUCUGGCCAGGAGAAGGAACAGGACAAGCAGGUGGGAGGGGGUUGGGAGAGACCUGCUUCCUAGUGUAAAUAGCAUAGCCUGGGAGGAUGGUGCUGGGUGGAUAGAGGCAAAUGCCAGCAAGCACCAGCCCCUGAGAAUCCACCCUCAGGAUUGUGCUUAUUCCCUAGCCCAGGACAGCCUCUCUGCUACCAAGGCCGGGAGUAGAGCCCUGAGAACCCCUGUGCGGCCUCCUUGCUGGGGCCCCCAGGAUGCCUUGCCUUUUCUCUGAGGCUGGAAGGAGAGGUCAGCUGCACAAUCAUGUGCUCUGGGACAGCCCUGCCUGAUGCUGCCUAGGCCUCCCAGGAAGAUGCAGGGGCCAAGUGAAGCAGGACGGGAAAGGUAAAGCCGGGCCAGCACUGCUGGGUCUCCUGCGUGCCACCCAGACAGCUGAUCCUGGAAUACAUUCCGUAUACCAAAGGCACUUGUGUUUGACAACCUGCUCCCUGAAUAAAUUAGAGAAUAAAUGUUUGAUUCUUUCC